AUGUCUCCUACUACACGUAUCUCCCUUCUGGCCCUUUUCCUCAUACUAUCUCUAAAUUCCCUACACAUGACCAUGGCUGCAAGGGUCAUACCCCGAAGUGCUCCUAGCACAGUUACAAGGCCUCUUUUUAUGUCCGAAGCUGAAACUUAUUUGAAGCCACAUCUUGGUCACAAACAAAAUGUCUUCCGAGGGAGACAAGUGAAGAAUUGCUUGCCGAAAGGGUAUAGGCAUAACUCAGCUCCAAGCAGAUUCGUCAACUAUGACACUCUAGGCUCUAGUGGCUGUUCUGGAAUGCGUUUGGAAAAGCCAUGA